UCUGUAAAAUGGGGGUGUUCAAGAAGGCGAGCCCAAAUGGAAAGCUCACCGUCUAUCUGGGAAAGCGGGACUUUGUGGACCACAUCGAGCUCGUGGACCCUGUGGAUGGUGUGGUCCUGGUGGAUCCUGAGUACCUCAAGGAGAGGAGAGUCUAUGUGACACUGACCUGCGCCUUCCGCUAUGGCCGGGAGGACCUGGAUGUCCUGGGCCUGACCUUUCGCAAGGACCUGUUUGUGGCCAAUGUGCAGUCCUUCCCACCGGCCCCCGAGGACAAGAAGCCCCUGACCCGGCUGCAGGAACGCCUCAUCAAGAAGCUGGGCGAGCACGCCUACCCGUUCACCUUUGAGAUCCCUCCAAACCUCCCAUGCUCGGUGACGUUGCAACCAGGGCCCGAAGACACAGGGAAGGCCUGCGGUGUGGACUAUGAAGUCAAAGCCUUUUGCGCAGAGAACCUGGAGGAGAAGAUCCACAAGCGGAAUUCCGUGCGCCUGGUUAUCAGAAAGGUGCAAUACGCCCCGGAGAGGCCUGGCCCCCAGCCCACAGCCGAGACCACCAGGCAGUUCCUCAUGUCGGACAAGCCCUUGCACCUAGAAGCCUCCCUGGAUAAAGAGAUCUAUUACCACGGAGAACCCAUAAGCGUCAAUGUCCAUGUCACCAACAACACCAACAAGACAGUGAAGAAGAUCAAGAUCUCGGUGCGCCAGUAUGCGGACAUCUGCCUUUUCAACACAGCCCAGUACAAGUGCCCUGUGGCCAUGGAAGAGGCCGAUGACACAGUGGCACCCAGCUCAACGUUCUGCAAGGUCUACACGCUCACCCCCUUCCUGGCCAACAAUCGAGAGAAGAGGGGCCUUGCCCUGGAUGGGAAGCUCAAGCAUGAAGACACAAACCUGGCCUCCAGCACCCUGUUGAGGGAAGGAGCCAACAGAGAGAUCCUGGGCAUCAUUGUUUCCUACAAAGUGAAAGUGAAGCUGGUGGUGUCCAGGGGCGGCCUGUUGGGAGAUCUUGCGUCCAGUGACGUGGCCGUGGAGCUGCCCUUCACCCUAAUGCACCCCAAGCCCAAAGAGGAACCCCCACAUCGGGAAGUUCCAGAGAACGAGGCGCCAGUAGAUACCAAUCUCAUAGAACUUGACACAAACGAUGACGACAUUGUGUUUGAGGACUUUGCUCGCCAGAGGCUGAAAGGCAUGAAGGAGGACAAGGAGGAGGAGGAGGAUGGCACUGGCUCUCCGCGGCUCAACGACAGAUAGACUGGGGGCCCGCCCCGGGCAGCCCCAGGCCUGCCCUCCUGCUCUAGGCUGCUUGUUUGUCUCCUUCCUGUUCUGGUGCCCCCUCCCCUUUGCUCUUCCAGUUUCUACCAGGGGCCCAGUGGUCUUCCAGAUCGUGGUGAUGACCCUCUGGCCUCAGGAUGGGCCUCGCAUCACCACGCCAACAGGGCCACGUGCACCGCCGUAGCCCUCUCACUGCAGUCACCUCUCCGCCCUCACUCUUCCUGCUGACCCCCAAAAAGGCCACCAUGGCUCUGGCCUUGGAUCUGACUUGGGAUGGGGAGCAGGGGGAAGAUAGGGCACAGGGCUCGGAAGGGUGGGGAUGAGGGGCCCAGACGCGGGAGAGAAGGUGCACAGUCCCAGGUGGUUCACACAGUCUGGCAGCUAAGAGAUGAGCGCGUUGAAGGCCACCCACUUCGGGCUGGGAGGGCAGGCUGUGGAGAGAUUCUUAAUGCCUUUUUUGUAGUCCUGACCCACUAAACACCUCUCCCCUUCCACCACUGUCCCUGCCCCAUGUCCCUCUGUGUCUGACAGUGACAUUGGUGUAGACCCCAGGCGUGGAGAAGAGCAACUGGACUGACUUUCUUACCAGCAGUUCCUAGUCUAAGGCAAGCUGUGUGAAGUAGCCCAAGUCUAUUUCAGUAUUGUCAGGAUAUAACCUCCUAGCUAACCUGUAUUUUAGGUGUGUGUAUCUUAUCUAUAAAUAUGCACAGAGAGAAAGAAAGGGAGGGGCUUUCAGAAAGUACCUCCCCACCUUGUCCUCCAGGCAGAGUGAGCAAAGCUCUGGAGGAGGUUUCUCGAAGGGUGGCUCUGAGAGAUGAGUGCAGGAGGCAGGAAGGCGAGAAGCUGCCCUGUUCCAUUUCUUUGUGGACUUGUGAUUGGCGAUCCCAUGGGAAGCAAGGCUGGAAGUCCAGAGCUGGCCAGGAACACCAGCAUCCUCCAGCCUCCCCUUGCACUUCUUCAGGGCUGGGCUGAGAGGCAGUGCCUGAGGCCACCACACCCACAGGCAAAAGGGAUCCUUCUAAGGGAAGAUGGCAGGGUCCAUCGUGAAGCCCUCACCUAAAAGGGAGGGGGCUGCUGCAUAGCAAGGAAACUUGUUUCCUUGAGGAGUUGA